UGUAUCUCUUGUGGUAUACCACACGUCCUGUUUUUAUCUCAAAGCGUAGUAUAGCAGUUAGUAAUAGUAUAUUGAUGAUCCAUAAUAAAUUAAUAACAACAACAACAACAAUAAUAGUGCAGCGUAGUUAUAUAAUUUACAAUAUUAUAAUAAUAUACGAAUAAGUUAUAUUACAUCACAUCAUCGCGUAGAGUGUAGACGCAAUACUACCAGAUUUUGUAAAAUGACGGACGUGAUUAAUGCAACAGACACAAGUCUGGAGAUGGACGAUGGCGGCAAUAACGAAAAUAGUAGACGUUCUGCCACUCGUCUGUUGACCAGGUCGUUCAGUAAGAUCAGCAACGCCACGUAUGACACCAAGAAGAACAUGGCACAGGGCAUGAUGGACAUCGCGCUGCUCACAGCCAAUGCUAAUCAACUCCGCUAUAUAUUGGAGUUCCGCGGGGAAAAUUCUACAAAUUUCGUUCUACUAUUGGUGUUGAUCGCAUGCAGCCUCAUAUUACAAGUGUUUGUUGGAACUAUUCUCAUAUUCAAAGGUCGCAUGGCUUGCAUCAGUAGUAGCAUGUCUAACGAAGUUACCAAGAUGGAUACCAUCAAAUUAAACAAUUACGUAGUCCUUGGAGUGUUUCUUAUAACUGUCAUCAACAUAUUCAUCGCAGCAUUUACAGUAGCGCCGACUUAA